CCGGACACCCCAUGAUGGGUCCUAUACCUAUGGGAUACCAGCUAGCCAAGGAUCCUAUGACCGGACAAAUCCUACUCAUACCAACAGAUCCUAGUCAGAGACCGCCUCAAGGGGUGUGGCCUGGAUACGAUAGUAUAAUGCCUCCAACCUCCUCCCCCUCCCACCUCUCCCCCGCCUCCCAGCACCUUCAGCACCUCAUGAUUCAACAGCAUCAUCAUUAUCUCCAGGAUAAACAGCAGCUACAAUAUCUCCAGCAUGCUGAACUACUGCGCCAGGGUCUUGUUCCUCCCGGCCUUGGACCUCCAGGUCUAAACCUCCCACCUGGUCUACAGUCUAGACCUAGAGUACCAGAAACUAUCACUGUCAGUGAUGAUGAUGAUGACGUGGAAGUUCAAGCCAAGACUCAAGCUUCAACAAUUAAACCAACUCCUUCUCCUGCUCCUGUUGCUCCUCCCCCUCCAGCUGAAACUCUCCCUGGACCUUCUCCUCCUCCUCCCUCUUCCAACCAACCUCCCUCCCCUCACUCACAACCAUCCCUUAGAGUUAAGAAAGAGAUUUUCAAAACAGAAUUUAAGACGGAGAUCUCAGAAAUUGAAGUUGAACCUGAAGCACCACCUGAUCAUGAACCUAUCCUUGAGAUUGAACCUGAACCUGAACCUGAACCUGAUGUAGGAGACUCCAGGCUUUAUUUUAAGCAGGAGAGACUGGAAAAACCUAGUGUAGAGAAUAUAAAACGUGAAGCUUUCGACGUUAAACCUGAUCUAACCUCAUUCUCUGCUCCGUACUCAAACCCCCACCUAGAUCAGUUCAGCUCUCUUCCUCCGACUAAACCUGAACCAUAUUCUCCACCUCUAGCCAGUAAACACGAGCCCUCUUACUCCACAUCGAACCUAAAGGAAGAUACAAAUCUAUCUGAGGCUAGAUGUAUUAAUAAAUCCCAACCUGUUGCCGAUUCUUUCUCAUCUCUUCAAACUCCUAAACUUGAACCUUCUCCUCCUCAUGAACCAGUACUCCCUACACUCCCUACCAUCAGCCCUGGAAUUGAUGUGAAGGUUGAGAAAGUAGUUGAACCUAAACCUGACCUAGAAGUUCCUCUUCACUCUGCUCUAGAGGUUCCCUUGAAACUAGACCUGGUUCAAGAUAUCCACACCAAAGAAUGCGCAGAAACACUUCUAUUUUUCUCCGCCGAAAACUCGACUGUACCCGCCAAAAAUCUAAAAGUGCCCGCCGAUGAUGAAAGCCUAGUCCAAUUUGACCAAGAGAAUGAAGAGUUUGAACUCUCUGGAUUCGAUAUUCUGUUUGAAGGAAUAUCCAAGCUGGAGAAGAUAUCUAAAUAUCGCCGACCUGGAAUGGAUCUACUCUGCUAUGUGACUAGAAAUGAUAGUAUUGAGUACUCCAGUGAUGUGUGGGGAGAGGAUAAAUUGAACCUGGAUCUCCGGAGCAGAAACCUGGAUCUAAACCUUCUCUGUGAUAUGACAGAGCCGGAGUAUACAAGGAUAAUCUCCUGGGUGGAUCCGAUUAUUAAAUACAAGGAACUGUACAAUGUCCGACUGUACCCAAGCCAAGAUGCGGAAAAAUCCGCCAAAGUUUUCAUUGAUGAAAAGGUUCGACAGUACACUAAAGAUCAUCCUGACAACAUUGAGGCUGAGAAGUUUGACAACAUCAAGGCCCUCGGGAAGAUGAUCAAGAAGAUCAAGAAUAUGGAAAUCAUGUCACAGGAGGAGGUGAAUAUUAGAAUGAAAAUAACCCAACUUCAGAAUACAUACAGAGACACACAAAACUCUUUAAAUAAAUUGAGAACACCAAAGAAAAAGACGAUGAAAGGAUCUAAGAACAGAACCCGAGGACCUGGCAGACCGAAAAAGAAGAAGUUUCCGAAUCCUAAAUCUAAGAUGGGACGACCGAGGAAACAGGUUCCGGAACAGGAGAUAGUGUCUACCCUUGAGCAGGCAGAUGAAACAUCCUUCCAGGAUUCUGAUGCUCCGCCUGUUUUGGAACCAGAGGAGCCUCAGGCGGAGGAUGAGGAUGAGUACUCCUCCGCUGGAGGCGGAGGUUCUCUCCUUAAGCCACCCCGUUUAACUGCCUCAAGUCCAACGGCGGAAAAGGACGGCGCUAAUACCUCACUUUCUACUCUUACUUCCAGGUUCAUGAAGGGGAAGGCGAAUCCAUUCGCCAACCUGCUCUCGCAGCUGGCGGCGGGUCCAUCUUCCGCUGCAGAAGCGGCGGAUGAAAUGGAAAAGUUUAGUGAUGAGUCGGGCUCUGAUCCUUGUAGCGAAACCUCUUCUUUUAAGUUUGGAAAAACCUCAAAGCUGAGUUACUGCCUGGAGGCGUAUCAUCAUAACAAGAAGCGGAAGGCGGAGAGACCGAAGAAAAAUUCCGGUGGAAAUUCCGAAACGAUUGUUCCGAAAAAGCCUAAAAAUCUGUUUAUGAUGUUGGAUUUCCAGCGGGGGUUUGGAGUAAAAACCGCCGAGGACGAGUAUACGUUUGAGGAUUCGGAUGGGGAAAAGGAGGAGAAAUCAACAGAUUCCCCACAGCGAUCAUUUUCCCCGCCGCCGGUUCCGUCUCAAGGGAUAAACAGCCGGUGGUCUCAUGAUGAAAUCCAGAAAACAAAUAAACUCCAUGAAGUAGACGAAGAGACAAAAAUGAAAGACGAGUCUAAAGACAAUGAAGAGACGAAUAAGGGAUUACGAUCUGCUCGUCUAAGUCCGGACGAUCUCAAGGAUGGACUAAGAAUACUCGUCCUACAGGACGGAAGGUUUUGGCCCGGACGUGUAAAUUCCACUAAACUAGCGGAUGUGUACGGCGUGGUGAUGGAUACACAGCGCGGCAAUCGUCCCAUCAUUCUCCCUAGAGACGACAUUUUGAAGGAGGCGGUACUUGAGGUACGACCUACCUGGUCAGGUGACCUACCUGCUGGAUCUAGAGUAUGUACCUACUGGAGCUCUGCAUAUUCAUGUUUAUUUCCUGCCACUGUAUCUCCCACCCAGGAGAACAGUCAGAAGGGUCAGAUAUUAGUAGAGCUGGAUGAUGGAGACUCUAGGUUGGUUGAUAUAUCAAGAAUAAGAAUGCUUCCACAGGACUACAGCAGAGUAGUUUAUGAUCCUGAUCCUAUCUCAAGUUUGAGGAAACGAAGGAUUUCUACUGACAGCCAUGACAGCGGAACGAGCUUACAGGACAAAUCCGCGGAAUCAAGAAAAUCCGGGGAACUUAAAAAGUUUUCUAAACCGAAGGAGACCCUGCACAGUACGGAGCAAAAGAAGUUAAAAAUUCAUAAGAAGAAGAAACUGAAAAAGUUGCACAAACACUGUGAUAAGCACAGGCGUCAUAAGGAAGCCCGGUACAUGCAAAAGUAUGCUGUUCGUUCCCCUCCGCGCGCUCGCGAACCUCCAAAGACUUCUGAAUCUUCGGAGGAUUCUUUGGAGGAGAAUUCAGAUCAAAAUAACUCUUCAGACGAAGAGGAUUCUGAGAGCUGCAGGGUUACAGAAGAAGGUGGAGAAGGAGGAGAAGGAGGUAAAGGAGAAGCAGGCUGGAGGUGGGUAGGAGAAGGAUACAGAAGACCAGGAGGAAAAGGGAAGAGUAAGAAGAUGUUCUAUAAAGGAAUACAAAGAGGAGAGCAUCUACUGAAUGUAAACGACUGCGCUGUUUUUCUUUCAACUGGACGUAGUGAUAGACCUUACAUUGGGAGAAUAGAGAUGAUGUGGGAGACGAUGUCGGGAUGUAUGAUGACGAAGGUGAAGUGGUUCUACCAUCCACAGGAGGUUGACACUUGUCCCAGAAAGUUCAGUCUAAAUCUACCGGGUGGACUGUUUCAGAGUCCCCACACGGACGAAAACUCUGUUCUAACGAUCUCUCAUAAAUGCUUUGUUCUGCCUUUCAAGGAGUUCCAGCGAUAUCACGGGGUAGGUCCCGAGGAUCCUGACCUGUACUAUCUGGCCGGGAGCUACGACCCGGCUGGUCUCACUCUUAACUUUCAGCCUGGAGUUCUCAAAUCAGAAGAUUCCGAGUAACAACAAAAUGGCGGAUGACAAAAAUGGCGGGAAACCGAAAUUUUACAAUUAUCGACAUUCCCCAACCCUCAGCUGUGUGAAACUGGAAUUGAACCCUCUAGAGUACAAAAAUAGACAAAGUUAACUGAUAAUUUUAAACGUUUAUAAAAAAGGCUUAUUUUCAUAUGUGUUCAAAGUGAUCAAACUUUAAAUAUUUUCAGCUUUUCAUUUUUAGAAACUUUAUAUAAAGUAGAUUUGCACUUUAUAACUGCUUGUCAAUCUUUUAAAUGUAUGUUUCCACCGCCCCUGUGAUGAAAGAAAUAUUUAAAAAAUAUUUCUCAAAAAUUUGCAAAAUGUUUCUUAGACUUGCUCUUUAUUGAAAGUUUGAAACCGUUGUAUCAAUAUGACAUGAUAUGGUUCCACGUGCUUAAACUCCUCUCUUAAAUGUUGUUUUGGUUUUAAUGUUCAGUAACAAACAUGAAACCAGUUUUAAUUCCUACGAUCGUUGUAUGGUCGUACGUAGAAUUCUCCCGCGGCACCGUGUGUACAUGAUGUAAGUGUUAAAAAAUUUUACAUAAGAAAAAUAGCACAAUUGUACUUGAGUUUGUGUUUGUACAUGUAGUGUUAGUGUGAUACAUCUAGUAGGCUGUGAACUAUAUUAUUCUUAUACAAUACAUUUUCAA